GGUAGGGUUUUAGCCGGUGCUGUGAGUGUGUAACCGAAGGAGCGCAACUGAGUCUGUCACUUGCGCCGCUCAGCCAACAUGGGUAUUUCCAGGGAUUCCAUGCACAAGAGGCGUGCCACUGGUGGCAAGAAGAAGGCUUGGAGGAAGAAGCGAAAGUAUGAACUCGGUCGUCAGCCUGCAAAUACUAAGCUCUCAAGCAACAAGACUGUAAGGAGAAUUCGUGUUAGAGGAGGGAAUGUGAAGUGGAGAGCAUUGAGAUUGGAUACCGGCAACUAUUCAUGGGGUAGUGAGGCUGUCACACGUAAGACCCGUAUUCUUGAUGUGGUAUAUAAUGCCUCAAACAAUGAGCUUGUCAGGACACAGACUCUUGUAAAGAGUGCCAUUGUUCAAGUGGAUGCAGCGCCCUUUAAGCAAUGGUACCUUCAGCACUACGGUGUUGACAUUGGGAGGAAGAAGAAGAUGGCAGCUAAGAAGGAAGCUACUGAGGAUGGAGAAGGUGUUGCUGAGGAAACUAAGAAGAGCAACCGUGUCGCUAGGAAGCUUGAGAAGCGCCAGAAAGAUCGUAAACUUGAUGCUCACAUUGAAGAACAAUUUGGUGCUGGUAGGUUGUUGGCAUGCAUUUCUUCGCGGCCAGGUCAGUGUGGCAGGGCUGAUGGAUACAUAUUGGAGGGUAAAGAGCUGGAGUUCUAUACGAAGAAAAUCCAGAGGAAGAAGGGCAAGGGUGCUGGAGCUGCUUAGAUGCAGUACUUCACAUGUCCUACUCUCACCAAUGUGAUUUUGUUCCUUUAUGGCUACCGUUUAAGAUAUGAUACAUUUUAAUGUGAACAUUUUACUUUCUCAAUAUCUGUUAAAAUUGUUCUGGUUUUUUUUAAUCAAAAGUUAAAAUUAUUGUCAUUGUCGGUA